AUGGAAGCAAUAUCAGCAUACAGUCUUGCAACCUGUGCCUGGCUGGGGGUGCAGGCUGUUCCCAUGCUCCUCACUCCGGGCUUCAUCAAUUCCAUGCUGGUUGAAGGCUACCAGCCAGCCAGCUCAGUCGAGAUCUACACCCUCCGCCACCUAGGCCUAGCCCAGCUGGCGCUGAGCCUCCUCUCCCUCACGCUGUCGGGCGUCCUGCCCCUCGCGCCCGCAGCUUCUUCGAGCUCCGCCGACGACGCCAUCUCGCCGUACGCCGACGCCGCGGUCCUCCUGACGGCGCUGUACCACGCCGCCAACGCGUUCCACAGCUGGGCGCGGUGGGGCGCGACGGGCGGCUCCGCGGCAUACGGCCUCGGGUUCGUGGGCAGCGGCGUCCUGGCCGCCUUUGGGCUGUGGUGUCUUAUGUUUGCGGGCGACAAGGGCAGGAUCAGCAAGAGGACGGGCGCCGACAAGAGGACGAGUGGGUUUCCGUUUCGGAAUGUGGAGGCUGAUAAGAGGAAGGCGAGCCUAUUCAACGCAGACGCGCUCAGGUUUCUGGGCAAAGACUUUCAAGACCUAUGGGCCGUUCAGUACUGUUUUACAUCUAAUCAUGGUACUGCAAGGCCUCCUGGCAAGCAUCCAUCGGGCAGACGUAUAUAUCUUGUGUUGUUGGUACCAACAAUCCUCACCUGUGAUACUACAAGGCUGCCUCUGUCAUGUCUUGGCCAUAUGCAACCUAUAUGGGCGCUAGGAGACGAGUCCCCCAACGAGCUUCUAACUUCACCACGGGGCCACGGAACGGAUCCCAGUAGCCCCUUGGCGCGGUGA